GCCAUCUGCAAACCCCUGCACUACGGGACCCUCCUGAGCAGCAGAGCUUGUGUCCACAUGGCAGCAGCUGCCUGGGGCAGUGGGUUUCUCGGUUCUCUCCUGCACACUGUCACUACGUUUUCAGUGCCACUCUGCAAGGGCAAUGCUGUGGAUCAGUUCUUCUGUGAAAUCCCCCAGAUCCUCAAGCUCUCCUGCUCAGAUGCCUACCUCAGGGAGGUUGGGCUUAUUGUGGUCAGUGUCUGUUUAGCACUUGGCUGUUUUGCUUUCAUCAUGCUGUCCUACAUGCAGAUCUUCAGGGCUGUGCUGAGGAACCCCUCUCAGCACGGACGGCACAAAGCCUUUUCCACGUGCCUCCCUCACCUGGCCGUGAUCUCCCUGUUUCUCAGCACUGGCAUAUUUUCCAACAUGAAACCUCCCUCCAUGUCUUCUCCAUUACUGGAUCUAGUUGUGGCAGUCCUGUAUGCAGUGUUUCCUCCAGCAGUGAACCCCCUCAUCUACAGCAUGAGGAACAAGGAACUCAUUAAUUCCAUGAGAAAACUGAUGACUGGAUUUUCUCAGAAGAAAUGA